AUUCAAAUAUACCCAACCGAUUCUUGUCAUGUUCAAGAACAUUGAAUAUACCAAUGACAAUUUUAAAUUAAACACAAUUGGGAAUUUAGCUGAUUUUGUGACCAUUUAUGUGUGCACCAAACAAAUAGCUACAACACUGAUCUAAGAAAGUGCUGUACCACUAUCUUUGCAUUACUUCCCAACACUGGUUAGAUGGCGUUUGGUAUUCAAAAAAAAAAUCGGCUUGUUUGUUUAUGUGGAGGCAUGUUGUUGAUCAAAUAAAUAGGAUUGUUUAUAAGUUAAGAUCGGAAAUAAACAAAGUAAACCAUGUUACCUGUUCGAAAUUAUGGCGAAACAAUUGAAGAAUAUGAAGUACAGCACUUGCUGGGCAAGGGAGGAUUCGCGAGCGUCUACAAAGCCAGAUGUCGGCGAACAUAUCAAGAUGUAGCCAUCAAAAUGAUUGACAAAAAGCUGAUACAUGGCACUGGACUAUCAAGUCGCGUUAGACAGGAGGUGGAAAUACAUUCACGUUUAAAGCAUCCGUCUGUUCUGCAGUUGUAUACGUUUUUCCAAGACGCCAACUAUGUGUAUUUGGUAUUAGAAUUGGCUCACAACGGAGAACUCCAUCGGUAUAUGAACCAGCAAAUGUCACAUCCUUUUACCGAGGCGGAUGCUGCAACCAUAUUGCAACAGGUGGUUGCAGGUCUCCUGUAUUUACACUCUCACAAUAUUAUGCAUCGAGACAUCUCAUUGUCCAACCUAUUGCUCAGUAAGGACAUGCAUGUCAAGAUCGCUGACUUUGGCCUGGCCACUCAACUUAAGCGGCCUGAUGAGAAGCACAUGACCAUGUGUGGUACGCCCAAUUUCAUAUCUCCAGAGGUUGUUUCGCGUUUGUCCCAUGGCCUUGCAGCAGAUGUCUGGAGUGUGGGAUGUUUAUUAUAUACUCUUGUAGUUGGGCGACCUCCUUUUGAUACAGACGCCGUGCAAUCCACACUAAACAAGGUGGUGAUGUCAGAGUUUAUAAUGCCAACACAUUUAUCCUUUGAGGCCUGCGAUUUAAUCGAGAAGCUGCUGAAAAAGAAUCCCCAUGAACGCAUUUCUUUGGAGCAAGUCCUCAGACAUCCUUUUAUGUCAAAGAGAUCAGCAGGAGCAGAAGAACCACAAUACAACAGUUCAAAGCCCGGCGCUUGCGACUUUUAUAUGGAAGCUCAAGGUCAAAGCGUUGCCAGCGGUGACAGUGGAAUCGUUACUUUCGCCAGCAAUGAGUCAAGAAGUUCACAACGUUUGCGAUCCAUAGAAAAGUCGGCUCAAUCAUCAUCUAAUCCCCAAAUGUUGCCACAAAUUCAAGAGGAAUAUGGUUAUUGGCAGCCAUCGACUGAACAUAAACCAUAUCCCAUGCCCUUAUCAUCCGAUAAUGCCGAAUGGGAGAGACUCGGAAGCAAAGGGAACCAGCCGCACACAGCAGCUUCAGUUAUAACUGAAGAGCAACAAAUGCGGGUUCCACCAUUGAACACAAUUCGAUUACAGCCAACGCGAUAUAAGACAAAAAAUGCCAUUAUGAGUAUUUUGCGCCAUGGCGAGGUCGUAUUAGAGUUUGUUAAAUUCCGAAGCAAGUUAAAUGAAGAUCGCGUAACUGAUAUAUGCCGCAUAUCGGGUGAUGGACGUCGCAUUAUAAUCUAUCAACCUGAUCCUGGAAGAGGGUUACCUAUCAGGGAACAACCGCCGCCGCCUGAGUCCCAUAUAGCAGGCGACAAAAGUGUAUAUAACUAUGACAGUUUGCCUAGCAAACACUGGAAGAAAUAUCUAUAUGCUGCACGAUUUGUGGGUCUUGUGAAAAGUAAAACUCCCAAAAUAACCUACUUUAGUUCAUUGGCCAAGUGUCAUUUAAUGGAAAAUAUGAUUGACUUUGAGAUGAGCUAUUAUUCUGGAGCAAAGUAUGUGAAAACUUCACCUGGUGAGGAGCUUAAGUUGUACAAUAAUUAUGGUAUGCUACUCUCGGAUUUGGCCUGCCCCGAGGCCAAAAAAAUGAUUGAACACGGGAAUGAAUGCUUCAGCCAUUGUAUCAAUAUUUGCAAUGCCCUUGAGCUGGCCCAACAGUCAGCCGAUAGCCGAAAUACAUGUUUUCCCGUCACAAUUGGCCGCCGACCCCUUACAGAUGUUUCACAUUCGCAGCGCUUCGAUGGUCUGAGGGAUACCACAAACAUUGCAUACUCGACACCCAAGUCGCAUCAGGGUUCAAUUAACUUCUCCAUGAGCACAAUUUCCUCGGUACAGAAUGGUUCGGAAAGUGUCUCUAGCACACAUUCACAUGCUUCGAGGGCCCAGAUACAGGCCUCUCAACAAAAUGUGCCCAUCAAACGCAUCAAUAUUCCUGAUGUUGGCAUUGCCACUGAGCUCUCCCAUGGUAUUGUGCAAGUGCAAUUCUAUGAUGGAUCAAUGAUAUCAUUGAUACCAGAGAUUCAGGGUGGCGGCCUUACCUACACCCAGUGUAAUGGAGUUUCAACCUACUUUCCAAAAUACGAUGGCGAUUUGCCCUUAGCAGUUAGGGAUCGACUCGCCCAGAUACCGCAGGUGAAGCUGAGACUGAAGUGUGCUCCAUUGCUAAGCAAUCAUCGAAAAGCUGACAACAUUGCAAUGACUCCGAAAUCGACGACGCCGUCAACGCCCUGCUACAAUCGGAUUGUAUUAUAAAAUAGAGGCGGCACUAUAUUAUCUGAUUAUCUAAACAUUAAGUUGAAAGUAUUUGUGAAACAUUCUCCUUUUUUUUUGCUCUUAAGGAUAAUAUAUAUUUUUGUAAGUUUAUAUUCUUCUAAUUAAACGUCCUUUUUCUUGGGGAAAAUACA